AUGGAUUCACACGAAGCAGAGGAGAAUCUUGAUUUGGAAUCAUCAUCGUGGAAGGUUUGGUGUUCAAUUUAUGGAAUAUUAAGUUUCUUCAUCAUCGUCGUCAACACUUUGGCGCUGUUCACUUUCAUAAAGACUCCAUCGCUCAAGUGUCGAAAACACAUCAUGGUCAUCAAUCUUGUUGUCGCUGAUCUCAGUUAUGGAGCCUUGGGAUUACCUACAUUUAUUUACUACGUAUUCAAGCCAACAUUAAUCUCCUUUAACGUCUCAACAGUUCUUACCUCUUUUUCAAAAUUGGUUUGUCUUUUCAGCGUUACUGCGAUUGCCAUGGAUCGAAUGUAUUCCGUUGUUUGGCCAAUACAUCACAAAGUUAUCAGCAUUAAUGUUUACAAAUGUGCCGUCAUGGCUGUUUGGAUUGUUUCUGCUGGAGUGGCCACAUUUGAGAUGUAUAGUCGGGGUACAUUUAGCAAAAAGCCCAAAACUUUUAUCCCUGUGUUAUUAAUCGCAUUACUGGUAGCAGGUAUAGUAACUAUUGGUUGCUAUGUGUGUAUUUGGUUUAAAGCUAGACGCAGAAGGAAGAGGACAACCACCAAACAGGAUAGAAACUUGGUUUUUACUCUGUUACUAGUAACCGGAGUGUUUAUGGUCACUUGGGGAAUUCCUAUCAGUUUUCUGUCAGUCUCCAGAAUGUGCAAAAAAUGUUAUCAAUUUUCUGUUGUGGCUUUUAAAUGCAUGCAGCUGCUUUUUGCAUUACAAUCUUUGAUCAACCCAAUUAUUUAUUGCUUUCGACUGCCAACGUUCAAAAUAAGUUUAAAAAUGAGAUUACAAGAGUUGAAAAGUUCAGGCCGAGGCAUUGCGCCAAGAAGAUCAAGUAAGGUGACUGCUAAACCUGAAUUGUGGAGGACCUCGGUAAUUAAAGAAACGCCGAAACAGCCAGUAAGAACUGAGGGGGAGGCGGCACAACUAACAUUCACUGAGCCUAAGAGAGAUCGAAAUUUGUAAUAUUGCAAUCCCCCCAUUAAGCCGAGGUGCUUUGGAAAAACAAUGAAAAACACGUUUACAUGUAGUAACUUUUCUUGUUUUUUUUUUUUGUUUGUUUGCUCUUAAAGCUUUUGCUAGUUAUAGUGGCUGAGAGAGGAGGCCGUUAUUACUGACAGCGGGUUCAAGUGCGAAACUGAACUAGAUAAUCACCCUCUGAAGGCGUAAAUAGAUAUAGAUACGAAAAGUAAAACCUGUAUCUAUCAAGUCGGUGCAGACAUUAAUUGUGAGUCCUUUUGCGUCCGAAAUUUUCAGAAAUAAUGCUUAAAGUUACAACUUCUUGGCAAGAUGGGCAUGAGGUCUUUCUUGUAAAGGAGGAAAUGGAAAAAGAUGUCAGCUGUUUUGAAACUGGAGUCUUUUUCGCACCGCUAUUUUGUAUCAUAUGAUGUAAUACCGUUUUUCUCAUUUAUCUGCAUGAUCCGGCUUUGGGACUACCGGAAACCAAGAAGCUCUUGUUUGAUUAGAACAAUGGCAUCCGUAUUUCGUCAUUGCAUCCAAAAUAGCGCUUACUGGGAAAUGUAACAUCAACAUUUCGUGUAUUUGUUUCUAGCUUAAUUACAUUUUUUUCUUGUUUCCCAAUUUUUCUUGUGAUUCUUCAUAACACAAGACAUUAUCAUGGGUAUUGCUAAAACGGAUUUGAAAAGCGCGUGCUAACUCAAAGCUAGUGCUCAGAUCCUUUUUCCGUUUUGUCGUCCGCUAUGUUAAUGUUUUUGGACCGAGAGUCUGUUACGAAAAAAAUCACACUUCCCACGCGCUCCUAAAUUUACGAGCGUCACGUUCUGAUUUAAUGCCUCACGUACUAUUUUUUUUGUGUGUGUUAGUCACGCGUCUCUCGCGUUUCUGAAAAAAGACGUUUACCAAUAAAAAAAAGUUGGUUUUAAUCCACGAAUCUCUUACAAACGCACGAUACAAAAAACAUGGUGGUUGGAAUAUAAACGCGGCUUGACACAAACUAGUAUGAACACGAACUCAUGGAGCACUCAAUAUAUGACAUGAAGAAAUUAUGCAGUUCUUGGCACGGAGUGUCCGUAAGGGUAAAUUGUACAACGGCGCGAUGCACAAUAUUUGCUACCCUAAUCUAAGAUCUCUUUGGAUCCAUGAAGAUGUGUUUGUUGAAAAUGAAUCUUUUUUUUCAAAUAUCCGAAUGAAUCCAUGUCGGAUUAAAAAUAGUCAGAACUGAACCAUUUUACAUGUCGGAAAGUGACUGCUCUUUUCUGCUGCACAAUUUGCAAUCUUUAUUGUAGUCUUAUGGUUUGCAAAUUAUCGUUUUUUUUGAGAAAAUGUCGCAGUAUGCGAUCGACACUCGGUUAUAGAAACUGCUGUUUACAAAAAUUAAAAUGCCGUUAAAUCACUUAUACCGUUUCCUAGAACUUUGAUUGCUGAGCACUCAAACAUUUCUCGUUAUAAUAACGGGGUUGAAGUCUUCACCAAGUGAUCUAAAAUUAGAGAUUAAAUGAGCAUAGUUCUUAAUUGCUGUUGUGGGCCAACCUGAUUGUUUUCAACGUAUUUAAAUCACAAAGACGUUGACGCAAAAGUUUUGUUUGUCCCAAACCAACUGGGAGGGGACUUUUAGUUCAUUAUUUUUGUUGGAAAUUCAUAACAGUUUUCUCACGCUCCUGCGAGAAAACGUUUUUCUUUUUCUCCCCGAAAUUUUUUUUAAAAGAGCAUUUAUGUCUGAAAUCGAACAUUGUAGCGGAAGUUGAUAUUUAGAAUUUUGGUUUAUGGGUCAUUAGCGAAUUGUUUUGUGUUUCCUUUUAGUAGAGGAAAAUUAUUCGUUAAUUCGUCAUUAACGCCACAAUUGUUGAUAUCUGUAAACAUCAUUUUGACAAAAUAGCAGUCAUGUUAGUUACCGGUGACACACUAGUUCCAGUUGUAUUUUGGAUUUGGUUUGACUCGACUGUCCACGGAGUGAAGACUGGAGGAACUAUCAUUGGCUCGUGAGUAUGUCUUAUCCUUUGAGCAGAGGUAAUUUCAAUUUCAAUUUCUGGCAAUUUCUACGAUCAUAAGUACCGCAUAAUGCGGUCAACGACAGCCUCCCGUUGAAUUAUUGUCUAAUCGUGGUGCAGUAAUUUACUGACUGCGCUCUGAAGAGUUACAACUUUGAAUGAUAGGUUUAUGCUUGAGGUUAAUAGCAACGGUGAAAAAGAUCUUUGAUUUCACUCGUGCAAAUCGACCCAACUGAAAAUAGCAGCUGAAAAAUAUGUCGUUUGCGGUUUAUUCAAAAGUGUCGCGUCAGCGCACGUAAGCUGAAUGCAGUUAACGAGAAGAACCUCUCUAGUCUCAGAAAACAACAUUCGUUUUCGAUAAAUAUAACUGCUUGCAUUUCAGUAAAACGCAAGAUAUAAACUACUGUGCGGCUCUUAGAUGUAUUCAAUUACCGCAUAAGCGAGAAAAGUUACUUGAGCGAUCGACGCUGCUAAUUAACAACGGUUUGACUUUGACUGGCGAGAGAGACACUAAGUUUAUCCUUUUGAAAGUUUUCUACGAAACGGUUAAAGAUUUGAUACUAUGAUGUUAAAACAGGAUUUUUAAAGACUUUCUCUGAGUGACAUCUGAGCUCAAUUUUUUUUAAAUAUUUAAAUUUCACAGAUGUUCUGAAAAGAAGUUCUGAUGAAAGUUUUUCAUACGACAUGCCAAAGACAUUCUCUUUUAAUUAUCAUGGCCGCAGUAUGAUUAUAACGAGUUUUAGAGGUAAACUGCUCUCCUUCAUAACUCAGUGAAUAACCUUAAAGUUCUUGUGAUACUUAGCUCUUUUUACCUCGACUGCAACAGACUUAAUCCCGCUAAUACUGUUUCUCAUGAGUAGAUUAGUGUUUGUUAUACGUUUUAUUUCAGCAAUCCAAGCCAUUUAUUAAAGUUCACUCGAAUUACUCUAGUCUGAAGUUUCAACGAAGCUCAAAUAAACACCAUAAAAUUUCGUAUUCAGAAUUUGUUUUAAGGUGUGCUGUUUUAAUUUGAGAGAGAAGGUUUGCGUAAAAAAAACAUGUCAUCAAAGCUGUCCUUUUUGUUUUUUUUUUUUAAGACCAUACUGGACGAAGUCUCAUUUGAAUCAGCUGAAUCGGGGAGGAGCGGAACACAUAUCGUUUCCAAUAUCAUUCUGAAAUUUUAUGAACGCAGCCUGCUUAAAUGAUUUAUUGACACAAGGUUUUUUAAUUUGAGGUUUUCCUGGUCAUCGCGAAUGUCAAAUAAAUAUAUCCUCCAAGAGACGUUGUUCGGUUAAUUAAAAUAAUCAUUCUGAUUUUGCCGGUCAUUUUUGGCCUGUUCGCCUUUCUGACGAAACCAUGUACAGUGAAGGACUAUAGCGAGACGUAUAAGUCUGUUGUAAAAGAGACUUCAAGGGUCAUUUGAAAUAUGAAUAUGAACGCUAUUUUGACAGUUGCUAACGACACUUGCGUAUUUGUUUUAUUGUAGGAUACAGAAAGAGUGUUAGACGUGAACAAAUUGCUUUCAAAACUUUGAGUUUUAAAAAUCUUUUCUUUUCUGGUUGGGAAUGUUUAUGUGGUUUAAAUUUUACCGCUGUGAUCGCUAAAGUGCGACUGUUAGGUCGAAUUCUUUUUAAAUAUCCCAUGAUCCAAGCAUGAUAGAUGAAAAGACCACUUUAUUGACUCUGAGCGACAUCAAAAUUGCUUCUAUCUCGCGUUCAAUGUAAAAGUGUCAACUUACUUCAUAAGAAAAAGUGUCAAACUACUUCAUAAGAAAAGAAGUAUAUCAUAAUGAUUUCAAAACACAACAUUUCUUUCACAAAAACGAAACAACUUAUAGCGAUAAUCCCGACCAAAAUGAUUCUUUUGUUUCGCAUUGUAACCCACCUAAACUAACCUUUUCAAAAUUAACAGAAUAAUUGAUUUCGUUUCGUUUUGGCCAACCUUUUCGAACGUUAGCUCUUCGCCUGUCGCUCUGACUAAGGGCUAACGCUCCAAACGUCAGCUUUCAAACUCUUUACGGUGGCCAAUUUACGUUAUCAACGCAGUUGAUAAUACCAAAUUACCUUGCUAUACUCUCCCACCGAAGCAGCACCACAGUUUCUUUAGAAAAUUACCUUAUUGCGAAUUAAGAGGCGAUCUCUAUAAAAGCGGUCCAGGGUAUUUCGCAUCGGAAUAAAGUUUCCCUAAAACUUUGCCCAAUGAUCUAUCUUAGGUAGCAAGUAAAUAAAACCAUAUUAGUUUCUAGAAAUACGCUAAAAUAAAAUUUUUUAGAGUUCUCAAUAGUCAAAGCUGCAAAAGUCACUUUUUUGACCGCUUGCGACAUCGAAAAUUUCAAAAGUUAAAAAGUCCGGUUCUCGUAUCACACCGCAUGCAGCAAAAGAUCUUUUGUAUUCUUAGACUGUGUGAUAUGUAAGGUGUAUAAAAAGCAUUUCAAUUUUGAUAUUCGUUUAUUCAGAGGUUCGUCAUGAUUUAUUUAAUGACACACGUUAGACAGCUUUCUGAAAUUGGUCAAAAGUACUCUUUCUUUCUUGGUUGAUAUUGCUCAAGUCCAGACCAGACCAUUGAAAACUCCGCUUGAUUUCUUCUAAUAAGAUGUUUGGCAGCAGAAAAUUAUAAAAACUUCUUGCACUUAUUAAUUUUCUUCGCCGUGGUGACUUCAAACUUUUAGCGAUUUUGCUAGCGUGACAGCCGAUUAUGCAAAUUAUUCAUUGAGCAAACUCUGACCGUUUUAUAUAAGUAGCUCAAUAAAUCUUAGAUUUUGGCCAUUUCAAGUUGAAAAUAUAGUAGGACAGAGUUUUUAGACCAGAGUUUAGAGUUUUUUUUGGACUUUUAAAAUGUUUAGGGUGUCAAUCAGCGUGGUCUGUAGUAGCUCUGUCCUACUAUAUUUUCAACUUAAACAACCCCUCAAAACUUACUUCCUGCAUCAUAUCUAUUUAACACAGUUAUUUACCACUCGAUACACGAGUCAGAACAAUGUUUAUUCGUCUAUAAGCAUAUGAGCAACUGGCCGAUUCGAUUACGAUUUGCACCGGGAAAUGUUCCAGUUUUUUUUCUCUCAGUCUGGAAUUUGCAUAUUGUAUGCUAAGGUUUUUGUUCAUUUGCACUUAGUCCUUUUAUUUAUUUCUUUCCUACCAUGAUUCAUUCAUAGAAAUCUGAACAAUCAUCAAUGGAUAUUCGCCAAGCAAAAGAGAUUGUUCAAACGUUAUCAACUGGAACUUUACGGGCUUGGACCGGAGUUUAUGCUGUUGAAAGUUUCAUCAUCGUCUUUGUCAACUCCUUGUCACUGUAUACUUUCAUCAAGACUCCGUCCCUCAAGACACGAAAGCACAUGAUGGUUGUCAAUCUCGCAGUCGCUGAUCUCAUUUUUGGAGCCCUCGGAAUAUCGUCUCUUAUUUACCUGAUAUUCAAACCAACAAUUACUUCCAUUUAUGUGUUAAAUGCGUCGUACACGUUUCCGAAAGCAGCAUGCCUUUUUACUCUGGGUGUGAUUGCAGUGGAACGAAUGCAUGCAGUCGUCUGGCCCUUACGUCACAAAGUUAUGAGUGGUCGUGUCCACAAAAUUGCUCUCGUGGGAAUUUGGAUACUGUCCGGCAUCGUGACUGCAUUGGAAUUGUACAAUACGGAUGCAUUUGGCGAAUCUGUUAGAUUUGUCUUUUUCCUGCCAAUGACAAUUUUUGGUGUAAUUAGCAUAACAAUUGUUUGUUACGUGUGCAUUUGGAUAAAAGUUAAACGCAGACGACAGAGCGUGCACGGUGCAGCGACCCGAAAGGAUAAAUCAUUGGUGCACACGUUGCUGCUUAUUACAGGGGUUUUUGUGCUCAUGUGGGCACUUCCUAUAACUUAUUUUUCAGCUUCAAAGAUCUGUGACAGCUGUUACAAGAUUACAUAUCCGCUUCUUUUCCACCUUUUUAACGCGUUGUUAGUGCUACAAUCAUUUCUCAACCCAAUAAUUUAUUGCUUCAGGCUGCCCAUGUUUAGGAUGAGUUUGAAAGCGAGGCUGCGAGAGAUGAAACAUUCUGUUUGUUUUCUGCAGAGGCUUUCGUUAGAGUCAAGAAAGAAAGGAACACGAACUGAAUUGCCAACCUCAGUAGUAAGAGAAAAUCAUGGUAGCCUGGAAGUCGUUUGA